AUGUCUCAUCAAACCUAUGGCGAUGACCGGAGAUCCUUCGAGAAUGUCGAAUUGGGUACUCCCGUUCUGCGUGGUCAGUCUCGUACGAAACAAGAUGAGACAGCACCCGAUCGACCCUCUGAUUACUUCAACUAUCAUCCACCGAUAUUGACUCUAAUCUUGUCAUUCGCGGUAUGGCUGAUGUUAUUGUUGGUAUGUUUUGUCAAUCCCAGUGGGGGGUUGACAGUGGUAUUUGAAGAUAGUGGUGAUUACGUUGGUGUAUUGAGAAAAUGUACGGCAUCAAGUUGUGAUGCAUGGAUGGCUACUGCUCAAUCAUCACCUUCCUCUUCCUCGUCCAGUAAUUCCAAUCCAUCGAAAAGAGCAGCAACCACAUCAGAUCUGUCAAAUUUCUACCUUACCACAGGUCUAGCUACCCUCGCUUCAUUCUGGUUAAUGACCUAUUCUCUCCUAUUCAUCAUCAUCCGAUAUUUCUCUACCAUCUUACCCACCAACGACCACAAACCGGAGACAAGCGAUGAUGGGAGCUCGAUGAGAAGGAUGUGGAGAGGGUUCAAAAAUCCUAUUAAGAAAUUCGCUUUUAGGACAAGUAGGAUUUUCUUAUUUUUCCUCUCUUGGACUAUGCUCGGUGUUGCGUUCGAUGCUACGAUCAAAGUGUUUAGUAUCACGGGAGGAAGUGGAUUUGGGAUGGGUGUGAUUUUACUUCACCUGUCCCAUAUCUUCUUAUUCUUGCUUACAUUCCUAGAGAUCUCACGAGGAAGUAUCCGACGUAAGGCCGAUCUGAGUAUGUGGGGAUGUAAAUGUUUCCAAUUCUGUCCCUCGUAUAAUAGAAGAGCGAGGAGGAAAUGGGAAGACUACGAUGCUGGGAGAGGAGGGUCAACCGAGAAGAAGAAGAGCAGUGGUAAGAGAAAAGCCAGGAGAGAGGAGGUGAAGGAACAGAGCAGAGAAGAGAGAUACGAUGAUGCUGUUUAUGGAUAA